CGGGGCCGGGGCCGGGGCGGGGGCGGGGGCAGCGGCGCUCGGCUCCGCUCCGCUCCACGGUACUUCCGUCAAUAGCCCCGCGGCCCGUACCCAGCGCCUGCGGAGGGGCUGCGGGGCCGCUGGCCUGAGAGAAAACAUGCCAUUUUUGGGCCAAGACUGGAGAUCUCCUGGGUGGAGAUGGAUUAAAACAGAAGAUGGAUGGAAAAGAUGUGAACCCUUCAGUCCUACACUUGAGGAUGGAAGUAAUCAGCUGAAUGAUAUCAGUCACACUGUCAUCUUAACUGGUGAUGAUGAAGAUGAAGAAAUAUACAGUACUGAAGAUUGUGAGUUUGCAGCCAAGAAAAGAAAAAAGGAUCAUUUUAGGAAUAACACAGAUUCACAAUGUUUUUAUCGUGAGAAGUGGAUUUAUGUUCAUAAAGAAAGCACGAGGGAAAGACAUGGCUAUUGCACAUUGGGAGAAGCAUUUAACCGCUUAGACUUUUCAAGUGCAAUUCAGGACAUCAGAAGGUUCAAUUAUGUGGUCAAACUUUUGCAGUUAAUUGCAAAAUCCCAGUUAACCUCACUGAGUGGUGCUGCACAGAAGAACUACUUUAACAUUUUGGACAAAAUUGUGCGGAAGGUCAUGGAAGACCAGUAUAACCCACGAUUAAUCAAAGAUCUUCUGCAGGAUCUGAGUUCUACUCUCUGUAUACUUAUUAGGGGAGUUGGAAAAUCAGUGUUGGUAGGGAACAUUAAUAUUUGGAUAUGCCGAUUAGAAACCAUCCUUCUGUGGCAACAACAACUAAAAAACCUCCAGAUGAACAAGGAAGUCAACAAUGGUCUCACUCUUAGUGAUCUUCCUCUGCACAUGCUGAAUAACAUCUUAUACAGGUUCUCAGAUGGCUGGGACAUUAUUACUCUGGGUCAAGUGACCCCAACUUUGUACAUGCUCAGUGAAGACAGGCAAUUGUGGAAAAAACUCUGCCAGUACCAUUUUGCAGAAAAACAGUUUUGUAGGCAUUUGAUUCUAUCCGAGAAAGGUCACAUUGACUGGAAGCUGAUGUACUUUGCACUUCAGAAAUAUUACCCAAUAAAGGAACAGUAUGGGGACACCUUGCAUUUCUGUCGACACUGUAGUAUUCUGUUUUGGAAGGAUUACCAUCUUGCUUUGUUACUCAAGGAUACAGGACACCCCUGCACAGCCAGUGAUCCAAACACAUGUCUCAUGCCAGUAUCUCCUCAGCACUUCAUUGACCUCUUCAAAUUUUGAGAUGCUUGAUAGCUGCUCUCCUGUGUCUGUGGCCAUUUUUGUGAAGUCAGGCAGACUACAUUAUGCUUUUUUGUGCAAUAUAUUUAAGUGUUAUGUUUUGUUGUAGUUUAAAAAACUGGGGGAAAAUACCAGGUUUAAAAUUUGGUGUAUUGUUUUUGUUCAGAAAAGAGCUGAGGAGAAGGAGACAUAGUAAGAAAUUUUUUUUGUCAGGAAAUCUGCAGGGGACUUCUUUUCAAGUUCAAGAAAGACCAUUUUAAUCUCAACUUCAAAUCCGUUCUUUUGAUGCCUUAAUAGUUUGUUAAAAUUAUGUGUGGGAGUUUUGAAAAUUGUAUGGAAGAGUUUAAACUACUCUUACAGGAAUCAAAGGAGGGGUUUUUAGUUAAUCUUUCUUUCUUUAAGCCACUGUUUUCAAAACACCUCCAUGUAAUUUGCACUCUUACAAAGAACAGGCCAAUAAUCUCUUGAACUCCUAAUACAACAGUUACUAAGGGUGGUAUUAAUCAUUGUGAGGUAGUGAGUAAAAUACAGCUGUGGUUGUUUCUGUUGUUGAACCUAUGAAUGAAGGAAAUCAACCAAUCUUUGUACAUACAUUCUGAAAAAAUACUUUUUUUUUUUUCUUAAGGACUUUAUGAAACAUACCACCUCACUCAGCAUAUCCUGCAUAACUCAAAAGACAGAUCUGGGGCUACUGGAAAGUGAUUUUUUAAUUUUUUUUUUUCCAUGGUAGCUACAGCCUUCAUUUAUACUGUUUGGUAUGCAUACAAAUGCAGCUGCAUUAGUUCAUCUUCUAAGAAGAAGCCAUUAUUGAAAUCUGAGAAUGAAGGUACUUGUUGCUAGAGUGGUACCGUGGCAGGACUUGAUGCCACCAGCUGAGGUUCUGAUCUUACAAAUCUUUACGAGCUAUGGGAAACACUGAAAGUCAAUCUGAGCUGAAGCACCUUCUGCCAAGUAAUCAGAUCUCCAGGAGGCUGUUUUCAUCUAUCCUGUAGAACAAAAUCAACUUCUUGGCUUAGGCAGGUAAAGGAAAAAUGAGGGAAGUUUUGGGUUUGUCAGUGAAAUUUAACAAAUAACAUGUAUAGAAAAAUAAACCAUGUACUAUAUCUUGCA